AUUUUAACGCAGGACCGUCACGCAAUUGCUUUCGGAGGGAUGACAAAAGGCGGGAAGCUUGCAACCGUCGGUCGCAAUGUAAAGCCCGCGAGCCGUCAUUUGCCAUUCUACCGUAUCAUUACACAAGGCGCACAACCACUAGGAUAACAACACCUCCGCUACCCGCCCGCUCAUGAUGCGCCAACAAAUUGGGGGCAUCGCGGGCAUCGCUAAGCCGCGCGCUUUUGCGUGCAAGAGAGCCGUAGCCACAUCGGCUAUGCCUAUUCAGCCCUUCAAAUCGGCCGUUGCAGGGGUGUGCUUAUGCCUGCUGCUCUUUGGGCAGCCCAUCAGCGCUGCGGGCAUCGGGUCUUCUGGCCUGCUGCCGCAGGGCAUGGAGACCCCGUCAAUUGUUGUAGACAAAGCGAAGAGCAAGCUGGGCGCGGCUGACGAGAGCGGCAAGGCCGAGAAGCUCGGGGGUAAGCGGCUGGACGUCAGGGAGCAGCAGAAGAAUGAUCAGGCGCAGCUGAAGAAGUCGCAGGCGCUCAUCCGCACGGCGGUCAAGGCCAUGCUGCUGUCGGGGCUGUGGUUUCUCUGGGUGCUCUCCCUGCAGUAUGGCAGCACCCAGUUUACGCCGCAGACCCUCAUCGGCGCUGUGCCCGUUUCUCUGGCAGCCGGCGCUUGGAACGACGCGGCCAAGGCAGUCAUUGACUUGGCGAAGCUCUACUGGUUCCCCCUGGACUUGUGAGGAGGACGACGAUGAUGGCCGGGUUUGUCAGCGUGCUGCUCCCAUGUUCGUGCUGUUAGGUUAGUAAUGUUGCCGUUGGCGCAACAGCUGCACCAAACCCUGGCGUGGACGGCACCCCAAAGGGCAACAUGUGCUGCGGUGCGUGUGGGUUAGUUUCACUUGGGAUCAGCGGCCUCUGCUGCGAAUAUGGCAGCCUGUUGCAUUUGGCACAAAAGCUGUGACGAGGCCCUGGUGUGUACAGCGCGCAAAAGAUACCCAUGCAACCCAGGCUGGUGCGCGUGUGUCGGGAUCUAUGGUGUGCCACGUCACAUUCGUGUACCCGCGUUGGGGCACACGUGUGUAGUGGGCGGGAUGCGGUACGGUACGGUAUGCAGCAUGUAGUGAGACAGUGAGGCAAGGCAACGAGGUCCAGGCCAAAGUUGUUACAGCAAUGGCGCCUAAGGUAGCUGGCAAGGUAACCGCCAGCGUUGCGGGCUGCAAUUCGAGCCUACUUAUCUGAUCUAUGAUUAAGCCUUCUGUGUCGGUGGCCCCCCGGCCCGCGCAGAACAGACUGUUGUAUGCCCACGCGUACGAUGCGAUGCAUACCUGCAUCGAGGGGAAGCCACGUGGGGCACACGUGUGGGAGCAGCUUGGCAGCCGGGUAGCAUGGCCCAGCCAUGUUUGAGGCAGCUUGUAAGUCGUUGAGUGC